GUCAUCAGGACAAAGUUCAGGGAUCCGGUUCUGCCGGAGCUGAAAGCAGGAACUCUCUCUUUCUCCCAUUUUCGCUCCUAAAACGGGACGCAGCUUGAAGGUGGCUCCAUCUGUACGGAUUGAACGAAGAUUUUUAUGGACUAUGCCAUGAAGUCUCUCAGCCUCCUGACUCCAACCAGCCUCUCAAAGGCUGUGACUUCCAGCGUUUCCGUCAGCACCUCCAUGGCCCAUCAGCUCUUCUCUCACGUUCCUCGGCCAAAGCCGUUCAGAGUCACAAAUGCAGAUCGCAGUGUGAAGAAGGGGAUGAUGGCGGACGGACUACUGGACCUGCUGAACAAGGUCAGCGAGUCUCUGAGUUUGGACGGGAUUGUCCUGUUGGUUCUGGAGGAAGAUGGCACCGGCGUGGACACGGAGGAAUUCUUCCAAACGCUGCCAGAGAACACGGUUCUCAUGUUCCUGGAGAAAGGACAGAAGUGGACUCCGUCUUCUAACGGCUCCUCCAGGAGUCUCCUCUCCGGGUGCCACCAGCAGAGCCGAAAAGACGUGGCCAAGCUGACCUUUGACCUCUACAAAAACAACCCCAAGGAUUUCAUCGGCUGCCUGAGCGUGAAAGCCACUCUGUACGGCGCUUACUCCGUGUCCUACGACCUGCGCUGUUACGCCGCCAAGAAGGUGCUGAAGGAGGCUCUGCGGUGGACCCUCUUCUCCAUGCAGGCCACUGGCCACAUCCUGCUGGGUUCCUCCUGCUACAUCGAGCAGCUGCUGGAGGAAGAGGAGCGAGCCCAGAAGAGCCUAGCGCUCCCGCAGGAAAGCAGGAUCAGGCAGCUCCAGGGCAUGCUGCUGGGAAAGACCUCCCUGCUGUGAUGGCCUGCUGUUGGUGGAGCGUCUGCUCCUGGAAUAGGGUCACGGUGUGCUCGUCACACACGAGUCCAGCUGGUAGUUCCUGAACGUGGAUUUCCAGCAGAAUUUGCCGUUCAUAUUUUUUUCCAGCUCUGUUACAAUGUUUGUCUCAUGCUGAAGCCAAAACAAGUAUUUGCCCAAUAUGCACUUUCCCUGUAACUUUU